UUUCGUGAGCAUUCACUUAGACCACAGGUUACUACAAUUAAAUGGAAUAAGCAGAAUCAUUUCACAGAUCACACAAGCGAGUAGCGACUAGCGACACCGAAUAGCCCAGUUGCAACUUGCAAUAUGUCGGAUAAGGAAGAGCGUAUGCUUGUAAUGCCCAAGGAUGCAAAACCAGCCGAGGUUCGACAAUUAUACGACGAUUUUGCUGCAACAUAUGAUGAGGAAAUUCUUCCUGAGUCAACGUACCCCGCGUUACUUAGCGUCGUUGAUACGUUCAUGGAGGUCCUUGGCAACAGUGAUAAAAACAUACGAAUUAUUGACCUGGGAGCUGGUACUGGUCUUGCUGCCGUCGAGCUGAAGAAACAUGGCUUCGCCAAUAUCGAUGGCCUAGAUUUGUGUGAAGAAAUGCUGAAGAAAGCUAAAGAAAAAGACGCUUAUCGUAAAUAUAUCUGUGAAGCUGUGACAGAGAAACGACUGGACAUACCUACAGGAGCGUAUGAUGUUGCUUUAAGUGUUGGAGCUGUGACCUCUGGUUAUAUUAAAGCGAGUGCCUUUGAUGAAAUUCUGCGUUUGACAAAGCCAGGCGCGUCUUUCGACGCAAUGAUACAAUUCAAUAAAUGCACCAACAUACCAGCGCUUUCAAUUACAUUUGGAAAUGGCAAUUUCUACAAUAGAAAUUAUAGAAUUAAAAGAAAAGCCGGAUGGACAAUGGAACUUACUCGUCUCGAUGUUUGCCAGUAUUAGUAUGCAAAGCCCCAACGGUUGCGUGACGUGUCAUGUUUCUAUCUUUCUUAAACGAAUAUAUAGACAACUUGCAUGCUAGCUAAUUUUUAAUCUUAGCCAAAGAACACCUUUCACAUUUUGAAAGGGCCCCGUCAUGCAGCAUGAAAAACAUGUGAUGUGUUCAAAUGUACCACGUGAUUGAAAAUUUUUGGUCAGGAGUAGGCGUAUUCUAUUUUGCUUUUCCAUAAUUUUUUUCGUACCAUCCGUUUUGACAGACGCCCGUAGGUCGGAUCUUAAAAAGGUUGAUAAAUUUUUGGCAGUUACUCACAACAUUUGGUAGUUUUUGACUGAGGAGUUGAUCGAAGACGUUCCAAAUUGUGUAAUGAAUAACAUAUCAAUUGUAAAGUAUAUUUAGCAAAACUAGAAAUAAAUACAUUUAAGAACAAGGCUCUUGCUUACCGAUAACAAGUUUACGACUCCAGUUUCUUCUCUACCGUGUUCAAAGUGUUCACCUUCUCCAAAGACGUUUGUUUCAAAAUGUUCGUUAUUUUUUUUGCAAUUGAGAGUAAAUGCCUGACAAAAGAACUGCAGAACAAGCCAAGGCAAUUUGAUAAAUCUCCUUAAACAUGUUCUUUAUCACAACAUUUUCUGGAGUUUUCAAGUUUAUUGUUUCUUUUUCGAGAUCCUCAUUUUUACUUCAACCAAAAUCCACUUUAGGCAUAGUAACAACACUCCCAGCCUCCCACAGUAUAAUAUAAACAAAUUGUAACGCUUACCGAGACCUUUUCGGCUCGGCUGAUAACGCUUACCGAGACCUUGAUAACUCUGCAUAUCACAAAACCUCAUCCAUGCAAUAAUUGUUUAAUACUUUACAUGAUGAGAAAAGUUACAAAUUUAGGCAUAUUGGAUUUAUCCGCGUAUCGAUGCUUAGCAGCCUGGACUCCGGACACAAAAGAAAGCUUAAUUUCAGUGGGGUACGUCACUGGGUACGGGCAGGUACGGGUAGCGCCAUCUUGUUUUGGAAUUUUUGCAGAUGUCAGCAUUUUUACCCGUAUCUAUACCUGUUUCUCCGCUGUAAACCAUGGUCUACACGUAAGGCAAUAUACGGGUAAAUGUUGGAGAGUUUUGACAGUUUUAAGAGGAAAAUGGAGAAUAUCUAUCGUAUAUCUAACAACCUUUCGUUGGCUGUGUACAAUUAUAGUACAUUAAAAGCGUACUAAAUUCAGUACAAGUAGGUUUUAAUAAACAGAUUAUUACUAUAUUAAUGCUGCUGUUUCGAAAAAAAAAGGAAGUAUUUAGCUGCUACGUCGUGUAUAAACGACAAAAUAAUAGCUAAAACGUUGUAUCUAUUUUGCUUAAUUAGUUAAUUACUACCUUUCCCCUAUACCUUUAUCACCUCUUACCCGUUACAUACAUUUUCUUAAAUUAUAAAAUGUUCCCGUAACACAGUCUACGGGUACGGAUACAUUACCCGGACUAUAUCAGACCAAACCCAAGACGAAAAGAGCUUAGAGACAGAGAUCAUUUCGCUAUUCAACCGUGUACUGCUGCAACGCCACGGAACGAGCAAGCUUUAUCAACGCCACAAUCGCAAAAUACAAAUGGUCAAGCAAAUGGUCAUAGAUUGCCGAAGUUAACCCUACCAGUAUUUGAACGGGAACGCGCUAAAAUGGCAGACCUUUUGGGACCGCUCCUACAAAGUCGCUAUACAAGAAAACUACAGCCUAAGCGACAUUAAAAAAAUUUCAUAUCUGAAAGCUCAAGUGUCAGGCGAAGCAGCGCAAUCAAUCGAAGGUUUACCACUCACAAAGCCAAAUUACGUGAAAUGUAGUUGAAAUUUUGGAAAGGAGAUUUGGUCAACCCCACAAAAUAACCAACGCGCACAUGCAAGCCUUGUUAGAUGCUGCCCCGCCGGGACUGCCAGUUAAUAAAUCAUGAAAUAUUAUUAAGGCUAAAAUUAGUAAUAAUGAUUAUUUGUUAUACUUUGGUUAUACGAAGGGGAAGGAAACUAUAAAAUAGCAAUUAUUCUAUGGCCUAAACCGUGAACUUAAUCCAUGCAGCCCAAUGAUUUCACUGGAUUAAUACAAUAAUCUAUUUUCUCUCGGCUACCCUUCUAAAAUAAAUUGGAUAUAUGUCCUGAAAAUUUCGAAAGAGGUAACUUUUACAUCACAGCCAGAGGGCCCUCACAUUGCCAUGAGCAGAACCGAUGAGGACUUCCACUUUAAUUAUUUAUGUUAGUCAACUAGCAGGACAGGAUCAACCUUUCGCAGGCUUGUGACAUUUUUUCAGUGCGGGACCCCUUGGUGGGACAAAUUCGGAAUUCCCUGCGAUCAGAAAGAAUUACAAAACUACCAAUUACAAUGAUUGGUUAAUUUUGGUUUAUAUAAAUAAACAUUACAGAAUAGAAAACAAUAGUAUUAUAAUAUAAUAAGUAUUACCUAUAUACUAGUACUCCUAGUUUUGUCUUUUACUAGUUAUUGAUUACAUUUUUUAUUCGUUUCCUUUGUCCUGUUUUUUUUGCAGUUAAUUGAUGCAUGGAAUUCGCACGCGUUAUUUUUCAGUCAAUGGGGAUCCACUUACUCGGUGGCGUGCUGGCAGGGGGCCAGGGGGCGAGGGGU